CCUUCAGUUCCGCAAGAUGACAGAACCGGAAAAGUCCAGAAUUCGGAGAUCUACGGCGGCUGGCCAAGACUCUGCAAUCGUGGCCAAUAGCCACCGGAGGAAAAAGAAGAGGAGUAAGAGACACAAAAAGCAAGAACCAGCUGGACCAAGACUUUUCUCUGAUUUUGGGAAGUUCGCCAAUGAUUUGCUGACAAAGGGCUACUGCCGUGAUCAGUCACUGAGCAUCUCCACCCACAGUUGUACUGGAGUGAUCGUAACUUCAAGGGCAGUGAGACAUGGAAGACGAUCGACUGCAAACAUUGGAGCAAGAUAUAAGCAUAAGAAUUUUGAUAUCCAAAUAAAUUUUGAUACAAAAUCAAGUAUUUCAACAACACUCACCUUUGGGGCCGAGUUUUUGCCAUCAACAAACAUCAAUGCUUCAUUAAGAUUUCCCAAGUACAAUUUGAGUAGCAUCAACCUCAAUUUCCAUCGAUCCUUUAGAAAUGCAGCUUUAUCCAUGUCUGUUGGCCUAAACCAUUCCCCUGUCUUGACACUUUCAACCACUGUUGGUACUUCAAGCCUUGCAAUCGGCAUGGAGUCGAUGUAUGCAACCGCUUCUCGUAGUUUCAUGCGGUUCAAUGCAGGCCUUUCAGUCACUAGCCAGAGUCAUGACGCUUCGAUAACUCUGGCAGAAAAGGGUGACCUUCUAAGACUAGCAUACGUGCGCCAUUUCGGCGGACGGAGGAAGGUUUCUGCUGUUGCAGAGGUCACAAGGGGGUUGUCCAACAACAAGAAUUCCCUUGCGGUUGGAGUUUCAUGCAUUGUGGAUAAACUAACAACAGCGAAAGCAACACUAAACAACCGGGGGAUGCUUCAGGCCCUCUUGAUCCAUAGAAUCGAACCAAACUCGAGCUUGAAAAUGUCCGGCGAAUUCGAUAUGAAAGCUUUAGAUAAGAUCCCCAGAAUAGGAUUGGCUCUUGCUCUUAUCCUACGAUAGCUCUUUCAAAAGCGGCAACGAGUUUAAAGUUGUAUGCAUUUUCAUUCUUU